AUGUCUCUUACAAUUCAGAUUCCUGAAUUCCCACUUCAGAUUUCAGAUUUUCAGCUUCUUGAUCGUGUUUCUUGGGCCUUACUCUAUUUUAACUCAAUUUCAACGGGAGAAGAUCAAGAACAAAAACAUGCAUACAAAUUGUGUAACAAAAGUUUUCCAUGUGGAAGAUCCUUGGGAGGUCAUAUGAGGUCUCAUUUCAUUAAUUCAGCUGAUGAAAAGCAUACCAAAAAGAAGAUUUCAAAGCUAGCAGAGUCAAGUGAAGAUACUUUACUUACCAAUCAGAACAAAAUUUGCAAAGAAUGUAGCAAAAGUUUCUCAUGUUGGAAAGCAUUAUUUGGCCACAUGAAAUGCCGCUCAACUAGAAUACUACAACAACAACAACAACAACAACAACUCAGUAUAAUUGCACAAGUGGGGUCUGAGGAGGGUAGUGUAUACACAGACCUUACCCCUACCCGGGGAGGUAGAAAGAUUGUUUCCGAUAGACCCUCGGCACAAGAAUGUCACUCAACUAGAAUCCCAUCAAAAAAUAGUGUAGAAGAAGAUUCUUGGAAUAGCCAAUAUUCUGAUAGUGAAGCAGCACCACCACCAAAUAAGAAGAAAAGAUCAUCAAAAAAAACUUCCUCUACUUUAACUUUUCCUACAAAUAAUUCUGAGUUUGAGCAAGAACAAGGGGAUGUUGCUAUGAGCUUGAUAAUGUUUUCAAGAAAUGAAGGAAAUUAUCAGUCUCAGCAAGCUCGAUCGCCGAGUCAAUCACGUGUACUAAAAUCAGCCCAGUGCACUAAGCUCCCGAUAUGCGUGGGGUUCGAGGAAAGCCCGGACCAGAAGGGUCUAUUGUACACGGUCUUACUCUGCAUUUCUGCAAGAGGUUGUUUCCAUUGCUUAAACCCGUGACCUCCUGGUCACAUGGCAGCAAUUUUACCAGUUACUCCAAGGCUCCCUUCAACUCAAUCACAUCUACAAACUGAUAUAAAUGGGAACAAGAGGUCCAAAUGUAAGGAUGGUGAAUUUAUCAAGAAGAAAAAGGGACAUGAGUGUCCAAUUUGCUUCAAGAUUUUCCAAUCAGGUCAAGCUUUAGGUGGUCACAAAAGACCCCACUUAAUUGCUGAAGCCAAAAGCAAAAUAUUCAAGCUGUUGAAAUACAUAAACCAAUACAGAAAUCAGAUAUUUCUUGGAUCUUAACAUGCCUGCUCCUGUUGAAAAAGAGAGCAAUGAGCAUAUUGAGUUUCAAUCAUGGUGGAUUGGAAGUAGUCACAAACAUGAGCAACUAGUUGACUUAAUCUCUUAACUGAUCCAAGUUUUCACAAGUGUAUAGAUUCAUUAAUUCUUUACAUAAUUGAAGUGUUCAAU